GUGACAUUACUUAGUAAAAUUAAGUUCUAUUAUGAGAGAGAUGAUAUAUACAUUCAUUUUCUAAAUAACAAGUACACUUUUAGCAUUCUAAGUUUUCUUUCUUUCUGGUUUUUCGUACUGUUUCUUUCAGUAAAGCUUAACCAUGAUCACCCACCAAGAUCACUUCAUGGUAUCAAGAGCCUAACCUUCUUUUUUUUUUCUUUUUUUUUUGAUCCAUGGCUGCUGUCACAAACAACACUUUAGCUCUUUCGUCUACCUUCAAUCCAAAAUCCUUUCAAAACCCUAUUUCCAACAAGUUUGGAGAGAAUAAUUACAAAAUUUGGCAACAACAAGCUCUUGUUGUCAUUAGAGGGCAAGAUCUCGAAAGCCAUUUAUCAAAAGAUUCAAUUCAAGCUAAAUUUAACUCAGAGGUUGAUAAACUUGCAGGAAAUCAAUCCAUUACCUACAAGCAAUGGCGCCAAGAAGACUACAACACCAUCUCCUUCCUUCUAGCUUCCAUGGAACAAGAUUUUGCAAGCAAAAUGGUUGGAAUUGAAUUCUGCCAUGAGAUCUGGGCAAAAAUUGAAGAUUACUUCUCUCAAUCUACCAAGCACAAAGUUAAGCAAUUGAAGAUGCAGCUCAAGCAAAUCAAGAAACAAGGUUCAAGCGCUGCCACCUAUCUUUCAAAAAUCAAACUCCUCACUGAUUCUUUGGUUGCACUAGGUAGCCCAAUUACCUCUGAAAAACAUAUUAAGAUCAUUCUUAAAGGUCUUAAUGAAGAUUACCAAGUGUUACUCCUAACCGUCAACUCCAAACCUGAAGCGUUUUCUCUAAGUGAAGUCGAAACCUUCCUUCUUACUCAUGAAGACAUGCUGAAAAAUUUUCACAAACCAGAAUCCCUUGCGGCUCAGACCAAUCUCACACAAUCUCAAUCUGGUGGUAGAAGAGGUAGAGGAGAUCGAUUCAAUAGGGGUGGUCGGAAUUUUUUUGGCUCAAACAGGCCACAAUGUCAAGUUUGUGGCAUAAUUAGCUUGGUACCGCUUUCAUAGAUUUGAUCAUAGUUUUCCUUCACCAUCUCAAUCUCAAUAUGCUCGCUCAACCUUCUCUCACAAUUCUUCAAGAAAUCCAUCUUUACAACCCUGCACUGUAUACGGCAGUACCAUCUUCAGUCACUGACGAUGCUUGGCAUCUAGAUACAGGGGCUUCACACCAUGUCACUCAUGAUCAAUCUAAUCUCUUGUCCUCAUCAGAAUAUCAAGGUCCCGAUCAAGUCAGGGUAGGUAAUGGAGCAGGUAUUGAAGUUCAUCAACAAUCUGAAGGCCAGAUCCAUCUUUCUCAGACUAGAUAUAUAGAGAAUUUACUGUCUAAAGUGGAAAUGACCUCAGCCUCACCAAUGCCAACACCAAUGAUAUCCUCCUUGCAAUUAAUGUCUUCAGAGUCUAAAGAGUUUGAAGAUCCUUCAUUAUAUCGAUCUGUUGUUGGAGCUCUACAAUAUGUCACAGUUACAAGGCCAGAUUUAUCCUUUGCAGUGUGCAAAGUGAGCCAAUUUAUGCAUCGCCCAUUAGUGUCUCACUGGAAGGCAGUAAAAAAGUUCUAAGAUAUCUUCAGGGAACUAAACACUAUGGUCUUAUAUUUAAUCAGUGCUCAGAUUAUAGAUUUUAUGGAUUCGCAGACUCUAAUUGGGUUGCUGAUCUUGAAGAUCGAAAAUCUAUUUCAGGAUUUUGUGUAUUUCUUGGAACUAAUCUUAUUUCUUGGUUUUGUAGGAAGCAAACUACAAUUAGUAGGUCCUCCACUGAGGCAGAGUUUCGAAGCUUAGCCUCCUGCAAAGCAGAGCUCGAGUGGAUUCAGAAUCUAUUAAUGGAGUUGAAAAUAAAGUUGGAUACUUCUCCAACCAUAUUCGGUGACAACAUGAGUACAUGUAUGCUAGCAGCGAAUCUGGUUUUGCACAACAAAACCAAACAUUUUCAACUGAACAUUCAGUGUGUCAGAGACAAGCUUAAUUCUAAGCUCCUCCAAGUUGUGCAUGUACCGAGAAUUGAACAAAUAGCAAAUAUAUUAACUAAACCCCUCUCUUCUU